UAGUUAAUUAACAACAUUAAAUUAUAUCGACUUGUUUAGAAGGAAAAAUAGUGAGAAGUUGGUAAUUGUGUGAAAUUUUAAAGUUCAGUGUACAAGUCUCCACCUUUCACCUUUUUGACUUUGUGGUUUUUCGAGUUAAUUGAAUUCUUUAAAGAAUCGACAUAACACGUGGCUGAGGUUUUGAAUAACAGAGGACGAACUACUUAAUUAGCAGGAUGGCGUCAAACGACUUAACCGACCUCAUCACAGCCGCCAUCGCAAAUUCCGGUGACGAAGCCCUGGUCGAGUCAAAGUCAAAGGAAAUUGCUCAAAAGAUUACGUCGCGAGAGUCCACAUUAUUGGGGCUGGUGGAGAAUCUUGGUCCUCAACUAACCAGCACGACGGUACUUGAUCGAGUGAAAGCAGUCGAUAUCCUCGCCCGAGUUUUCUCCACGCUCCCGAAAGAUUUCCUCACCGAGAAAGAAUUGGAAUUCAUCGUCGAGUUUUUAUGUAAUCGCCUAAAAGAUCAACAUCUCGUCAUUCCGAAAGCGAUUUUGUGCUGUUAUCCAAUCGUCCAAUGUCAGAACCUGCCAAGGGGCGCGGGUGCCCAACUACUUCACCAGAUUUUCCAGGAAGCCAAUGUGCAAUCUCAUGUUCAUAAAAUACGAAGAACCGUCUUUGAGAUUAUCGAGUUCCUAAUCAGGCACAGAAUAGAAGAAUUGAAGGAAUUAUCGUCUGACUUUGUCGUGAAUUUUCUGCAAGCGAUGGAUGGAGAAAAAGACCCUCGCAACUUGUUGCUCCUGUUUCAAAUGAUGCCUCACGUAAUCUCCACCUUUGACUUGGGUCCUUUCCUGGAAGACUUUUUUGAAAUUUUGUCCUGCUAUUUCCCCAUCGACUUUUCUCCGACCGUGAGUCUUGGUGGGACCGUAAUUACGAGGGAAGUUCUCGCCUCCGCUCUGCACACUUGUCUCUCGCACACCAACAAGUUUUCUCCAUUCCUGAUUCCUCUCGCGAUGGAAAAGUUGGACUCUAGUCUUAUCGAUUCGAAACUUGACUCUCUCCGGUUGCUGGAGCUUUGCUGCGAGAAAUGUUACCAACCCGGAAACCUUCAACCGUUCCUCGCCCAGAUGUGGCACUCACUCCGGAGAGAAAUCUUCAUGGGGGGAAAUGAAUCCGUAGAGAAACAGUGCAUCACACUUAUCCAAAGUGUGUUCAAAGUCGUGUCAAGAGACGACGGUGUACUGAAUACGUGCAUUGAACUGAUUUUCACAGAGUGCAAGCACCACUUGUGCGAACCCGAACUCCGGCUGAUACAUCCCACGUCGCGAAUUCUAAUUGGGAUGUGUAACGCAAGUGAAAAAUCGUGCCGAGCCGUGGCCCCUCUAAUUCUGCAAGUACUUCACGACCAACUCACGAGGACUUCCGUUCAAGGAGAAAAGAAAAGAAUUAUGGAGAUUGCUGAACUAAUACUGUCAACUUGUCGCCAAUACCCAGAAGUGGCUUUAGUGGAAUUAGUGGACAAGUGGGACGAAAUGUUGGGAGCUUGGUUCAGCUUUAUAACCAACGACGACUCAGAAUUUGCCAACUUAUCGUUGAAGAUCUUGUUACGAGUUUUAGAAAAUGAGGCCGACUUUCCCCAAAAGGACAGAUUUUUACUGCAAGAGCACUUAUUAGCUUUGCUCAAGUGCAACUCACUUUCUGAUGGAGCUUUAGCUACGACGAUUAAAAUUGCAGAAACACUUGUUGCCAAACAUGGAGAUGAAUUUUCAGAAAACUGCGUUAACAAGUUGCUCUCGUCUAUGUCUCAACAAGGAGAAUGUCUCGACGAUGGGAACGAGAUGGGAAGUCCUUGUGCAAAAGUUUUGGCAGAAUGUGCCCCACACAAUGCAACCGUUUUGGAGAAAGUCGUUUCUUCAUUAUUAACUCAGAUUAGUUCAAGUUCUUUUUCAAGAGAAGGAGAAAUCCCUCAAUCACUAAAGUGUCUAAACAGAGUGGUGGAGAAAGUAAACGAGUUUUCUCCCAACUUUGAACAAGUGGCCUCUCUCAAUUCCAUUCUCGUUGUGCGACUUGCCGUUUUCGACAAAAUAUUUCAACUUGUCCUUGAAAUUGCCAAAACCAUGCGUGCUGGAGGUGGAGGCAUUGACAUGCUGAAUCAACAGACUGAAAUGAAUGGGAUGGAAGUGGAGACAACAACAAAGGACCUGGAUAUUUUCAAUAUCUGUGUAAGAAUAGUACGUAACUUGGUCCGAAGUAGUGGUGAAGUGGUUCAGCAAGACUUGGUGGACCGGUUCUGGAAACAGAACGUGCUGGAGGCUGAUUGGGAAAGUUUUCUAGACGGGUUUCCGUUUCAACUAGUGGAAGCAAUCCUGGGUGGGUUACGACCAAAAAUUGAGAUCUACCGAAAAGCCGAGUUUGCUGAAUACUUGUUACAAAAGAGUGUUCAGCCCACGCCACAUAAUGGGCACCCUUACCAGCGACUUUUGUCCGUCUUUGUCAACAAGUUGGAACCAGAAGCGGACUUUGAAAGUUUACUGAAGCGAGUGGAGACCGUAAUUUUUGAGAACUUGGUGAAAAUAUCGAGCUCCAUUCGAUUCCCAGAAUCUUCUUCUUCUUGUGGCGAAUCUCCGAUGGAAGUGGAUGACACGGACGGUGAAAUAGACGGAAAGUUGACCGAGGACGAGUCGUCGAGGUCGUGUUGCGCUACUUCUCUCCUUACGUGGAUUACGAAGGGUUUAGCAAUGCGGGGAAUACAGGACUUGAGUACUUGGUUGGGACGGUUGAUAAAUCUGCUCAACAGUAACAUCGUGGGAACCGUGGCUGCUGACGGAUUCGGGAUUUUACUCUGUGAUGAUGAGGUUUCCCUAAAUCCGAAAUCUCACUGCAAGUUCAGGUUCUUGUAUAAGCAGCGACUUUUCCAAACGUCAGUUCCACGCCUGGUGACUGGUUAUCGUGGGUCAAAGUCAAAUAUGGCGAAAGCAAAUUUCAUCAAAGCCCUGAGUUGUCAGUUGAAGCACAUUCCAAGCUCAAUUUUGGGAAUGGAGAUGGAAAGUGUUUUCCCUUUGCUCGUUGCCAGUCUGAAACUUGACACUUCCGCUCCACUUGUUUCCUCGACAUUGAAAGCUUUUACGGAAAUGUUACAAAACUCUGAUGAAGAAACGGAUAAGAAGCUUAUCGAAUAUUGUUACGAUAUUGUGCCUCAGCUCGUAAAAUUGGCAGGAUUUCCGGGAAAUAUGGAGGUGAGAUGUAUGGCCUUGCAGUGUUUGCUGAAAUGUGCAAAAUGUCCUUCACACGUCGUAUUACCGCUGCGAGCAAAGGUCAUUGACGACCUUGGCCAAUGCGUGGACGACCAUAAAAGACUCGUGCGAAAAGAAGCCCGGACGGCGAGGAAUGCUUGGAUCCUUCUUGGCGCUGCUGGAGGAAGUUAGCCACGCGUAUCUAACUAGCUAUCAGAACGUACUAGGAACUGGAUAGUUACAUGUGCCAGAAAUUUAUUAAAUGAUAAAUAAUUUUGUAAGACAAAGUCUGCUCUGCUGCUUCCUAUAAGAAAUAUCUAUGUACUGUUUUUAUAAACACAAUAAAUAAAGGUGACUCUCGUGACAUAAAUGGCUAUGUUUCUCGUACAAAUAA